ACCCGGAUGGUGACGGAGACGAGCGCAGUGGCUUAAUGGCGGCGGGGCUAGCAUGAGCUCGCAUUGAACCGGGUUAUACCAGUUCUGGCCCCUCCACAUGCGGUGGUCUUAUUGAACGCAAUUCCUGCAUUGUGAACGGUUUAUUUGGCCAUAUAUACACUUGCUUGUUUGGAACAGACGUCAGAAAAGGGCGCCGAGAUGAACACGAAUACAAACGUGAUUCAGGUGACGAACGUGUCGCCCAGCACCACCUCGGAGCAGAUGAGGACGCUCUUCAGCUUCCUGGGCAAUAUCGAGGAGCUAAAACUGUUCCCUCCGGAUGACUCUCCCUUGCCAGUGACUUCACGUGUCUGUUUUGUAAAGUUCCUUGAAUCUGAAUCGGUGGGAGUGUCUCAGCAUUUGACAAACACAGUCUUCGUGGACAGAGCCUUGAUUGUCGUCCCUUAUGCUGAAGGGGUCAUUCCCGAUGAGUCCAAAGCUUUGUCGCUGUUGGCUCCAGCAAAUGCUGUCGCAGGCCUCCUGCCAGGUGGUGGUCUUCUCCCAACUCCAAAUCCGCUUGCAUCGAUUGGAGGAGUCCCAUUGGCUGCCCUAGGAGGUCCUGCCCUUGACCCUGCUCUUGCUGCUCUGGGCUUGCCAGGGUCUAACAUGAAUUCCCAGUCUAUGACUACUGAUCAGCUUCUGAAGCUUAUGACUUCUGUGGAUCCCAAGUUGAAUCAUAUGGCCUCAGGAAUGAAUCUGAACCCAGGUCUGAAGGCUGAUUCCUCCAGCAAAGAGAUCGAAGAGGCGAUGAAACGGGUCAGAGAAGCACAAUCUUUGAUCUCUGCUGCGAUCGAACCUGGAAACAAGAAAGAUGAUAAGCGGAAGCACUCGCGCUCCAGGUCAAGAUCAAGGCGGAGGAGGUCUCGUUCUCGGUCACGGCACAGGAGAUCAAAGAGCAGGUCAAGGAGGAGGUCACACUCAAGGAGUAGAAGGCGUACUAAGAGUCCCCGGAGGAGAAAAUCUCACUCAAAGGAGAGAGGCAGGCGUUCUCGUAGCAAGUCCAGGGAUCGAAAGAAGGAAGAGAAGGUUAAGAAGCGGUCAAAAACUCCCCCGAAGAGUUAUAGUACCACUCGGCGAUCAAGGAGCAUCAGCCGUAGGCGUAGGCGAAGCCGCACCACCAGUCGGUCGCCAAAGAAUCUUCCUCACCUGGUCUGUUUUGUGAUCUGCAGACACAAGAAGGAAAAGAAGAAGGACAAGGACCGAGAAAAGGAGAGAGACAGGGAUCGUGAGAGAAAGGAGGAAAAAGACAGGAGCCGUGCCGAAAGAGAACGGUCUACCAGCAAAAAGAAGAAAAACAAAGAUAAGGAGAAAGAACGGGAAAAGAAGUCUGACAGUGAGAAAGGAGACGUUAAGGUAACCAGGGACUAUGAUGAAGAAGAACAAGGGUAUGACAGUGAAAAAGAGAGGGAGGAAAAGCGAGAUUCUGACCUGGCGACAUCUCCGCGCCUCAAAGAGUCAGUGGAGACUGCAGGGGAGGCAGUGAAGGAGCCUAAAGUCAAUGGUGAUGAUCACCACGAGGAGGACAUGGACAUGAGUGAAUGAAGGCGUACCCCAUGCUUCAGCUUCAGGGCCACCCCAUCAUUAUUCAUGUAUUCCUAUCAUUUGCGUUUUCUGUUCUUUUUAAAAGCAACAACUGAUAUGCUUAACAACCCAAAAGCUGUCAGGUGAAUUGAAUAGCAGUCUUAAAUUUAGAUGUAUAGUUUUUUAAUAUUUUAAUACAAUUUCCAUCCUUUCUGUAAGACAGUGUAGGAUUAGUGGGUUUAUUUCUCAGAAGGUGGAAUUACUUGUGCAUGUUAAAUUUUCUUUUUGGUUCUAAUCCAUAUUUGUAAACGAUAUACAAUAAAAAUGGCAUUAUUAACAGGUUUGAUUUUGUUAAAUCAAGAGCCUGUUUAUUAAAAUAAGCCUUGGUCUCCAUGCACAGUUUUUUUUAUGGGGGGCAGGGGGGGCUUCAUUUAUUCCUGCACUAUACCAACAUGAAAUACUGUCCUCCGAAUGACUUGUGUAUAUUAAAAUAUUUCAUAAUGAGGAUUUUGGUUGUUGAAGUAGAUUAGAUUGAACUUGAUUUCUGUUUGGAAACCAUUCUUUCUACAGCUGUUUAAUGCAGUUUGACUGUGGAAAUAUACCCUCAAUCCAGACCUGUUCUGUAUCAAGUCUUGUGAUUUAAUAGUUAUACCAGUUCCCACUGAAAUACUCUAUGUAAACUGGGUUGAAGCCUGUGCGUGAAUUAGACCACACUGUCAGUAUAUAAUUUGUAACGUUACAUCAGUGAAGAUCUUUGAUAAUAAAAGUUGAUGGGAAAAUA